AUGUUCCUCAAGGUCUGGGCUGACCUAGGACUCACUGGAGACCCUCUUCGAGGCCACAGUGUGCCGCAGCCGGGCAAGAACAAUGAUGGAGCGCUCGGCAUCUCAGACUUGCGCCUCAACACUGCUCUAGAAGCGCGGCGGGUCUUCAACCCAGAUCGGGACGAGUGGAACCUCAGCAGGCGGCCCGGAGCCGCGGCCUCGCUCUCUCGGGACGCUUCUCCGGAGCAGGGGCACGAGAUCGAAAUGCGGAAUGAAAAUGUCUCUGUGGCUCACGUUCGGAAAGCCGAGCUGCUGGGACACCCCUCACCGGGACGCAGGCUGGACACGCGGCUGCGAGCGGCGCCCGGCGGCGCGAACCCGCAUCCGAGAGGCGGCACGCCGGUUCCGCCGCAGGCGCGGUCGACCCCACGCCGGCGCUCUCCAGUCGGGAACCAGAGAAGGCUGCGAGCCGAGCAAACUUGCGAGGGCCGGCUGCCGCGAUCCCUGGCCCCCGUGGGUCGCCACCUGGAGCGCACCUUGGGUGGGUGGGGGGGGGGGGUAGGACCACCCUGCCGACUACCGGCCGGGGGAGCCGCAGGGCCCCGCCCGAGCGCGCUUCUGGGGUGA